GUAAAAAUUUUGUCCAGUCUUAACAGAGGUUAUAUUUAGAAUCAAGAGAAACAACUUAGAUUUGCAGAGGCCGCCACUGCCGGAAGCCCCAUAUCAGCCAUGGUCGACCCCACCGUGUUCUUAGCGCCUCCGAUGGUGAACCUUGGGCUGCGUCUCCUUCGAGCUGUUUAUAGACAUGCUUCCAAAGACAGCAGAAAACUUUCAUGCUGUGAUCACUGGAGAGAAAGGAUUUGGUUACAAGGGUUCCUGCUUUCACUGAAUUAUUCCAGGUUUGUGUGUCAGGGUGGUGACUUCACACGCAGUAAUGGCACUGGUGGCAAGUCCACCUAUGGGGAGAAAUUUGAUGAUGAAAACUCCGUCCUGAAGCGUACAGGCCCUGGCAGCUUGUCCGUGGCAAAUGCUGGACCCAACACAAAUGGUUCCCAGUUUUUCUUCUGCACAGCCAAGAUGGAGUGGUUGGAUGGCAAGCAUGUGGUCUCUGGCAAGGUGAAAGAAGGCAUGAAUACUGUGGACGCCACGGAGCACUUUGGGUCCAGGAAUGGCAAAGCCAGCAAGAAGAUCACCAUGGCUGACUGUGGACAAUUCUGA